UGCUCCGUCCACGUUCAUCUUCCUGUCCUCGCCAAACACGAAUCUCUUUCUCUCUCUACCUCUCUCUCUCUUUCUGUCUCUCUCUCUGUGGUUCGAUCGGUCGGCGAAGAUGAUGCACAUGACCCUGUACUGGAGCGUGGAAGUGACGCUCCUGGUCGACUCGUGGCGGACCGACUCGUGGCCGAGCUACCUCCUCACCCUCCUCGCCUGCGCCGUCGCCUCCGUCUUCUAUCAGUAUAUGGAAGACCGCCGCAUCCGCCUCAGAUCCAUGUCCGCCGCCGCCGCCACCCCCCCGUCUAAUCCGUCCGAACCGUCGCCCGCCUCGCCCCUCAUCCCCAAGCUGAGCCGCCUCCGCAGGGUCAACCCGGCCAAGCUCGCCUCCUCGGUUCUUUUCGGGGUCAACUCGGCGAUCGGGUACCUCCUGAUGCUCGCGAUCAUGUCGUUCAACGGCGGCGUGUUCCUGUCGAUCGUGGCGGGGCUCACCGUCGGUUAUUGGCUGUUCCGGUUCUCGGACGAGGAGACCUCGGCCGCCGUCGAGAAUCCCUGCGCUUGCGCCUGACAUUUCUGAUCUGUCGGAUCUGAUUCUCAUCGUCCCUCUUGUGUAAUAAUUAAUGUAUGGAAUUGUAAUUAGCUGAAUUUCUGUACCAAUUUCCGAUGAAACAAUAAGACAUAUAUUUCGGUUUGAUUGAA